AUGCCCCCCAAAGCUGCUACUCUCGAUGGCCAGAAGGUGGUCCCAGCCGACUGCGUCUCUGUCCUCCUUAUGGCCUUAGGCAGUACCACCAUCACCAAGGCUCAGUAUGAGAUGAUGUCGGCUCUUGACGGCACACGUACUGCAAGCUCUUUCGAGCAUCAAUUCCGCACGAUCACAGCCAAGGCAAAGGAAUUGAAAGCCCGUGCCGAAAAGGGCGAGACCUUCCAAGCCGUGACACCUGUCAAUAAGCGCCAGACUACCCCAGCAACACCCAACAAGAGAAAGGCCGCUUCUUCAGGAUCCGACGAUGCGACCCCCUCCAGAAAGAAGGUGACUCCCAAGUCACGUGGAAAGAAGAGCCAGACCCCGCUUGAGACGAUGGAUGACACUUUCCCCGAGGACGCCGAAGAGUUCAUUAAGAAUGAGGCCAAGUGGGAGGAGGAAGUGUUCUCUCAGAGGACGAUGGGCAUAAUUGGAUGAAAUUGGAGUCGCGACAAGCAUCGAGCUCAGGUCAGAGCAAACAGGCACGAGUAAGAGUGGACAUGGUUCGUAGGAACUCCAUAGUGAAAACCUGGCGAUCGUCAACUGCAUCUCAAUGGAACCUUAGGUCGCAGUAUGUUGGGUAAGACUCAGUAAAAGCGAGCUCCAUU